AUGUUUUUAAGAAAUUCCGUUUUGAGAACAGCUCCAGUCUUGAGGAGGGGUAUAACAACAUUGACCCCGGUCAGCACCAAGUUGGCCCCACCCGCUGCCGCCUCUUACUCCCAAGCUAUGAAGGCCAACAAUUUUGUGUACGUGUCUGGUCAAAUCCCUUAUACUCCAGAUAACAAGCCUGUUCAAGGUUCUAUCUCUGAGAAGGCCGAACAAGUUUUUCAAAACGUUAAGAAUAUCUUAGCAGAAAGUAAUUCUUCUUUAGACAAUAUAGUCAAAGUCAACGUAUUCUUGGCUGACAUGAAAAACUUUGCCGAAUUCAACUCUGUAUACGCCAAACACUUCCACACCCAUAAGCCUGCAAGAUCCUGUGUUGGUGUUGCUUCCUUACCUUUGAAUGUUGAUUUAGAAAUGGAAGUUAUCGCUGUUGAAAAGAAUUGA